GCCAGAAUGCCUGUUCCCUCUAGCACACAUGGACAUCCAAAGAUGGGACUGGUUGCAUUUAUCUGGUGCAUCGUUCUCACAUUUGCAUCUGCAGGAGAGGCUGUGAAGUCUAAAGAAGCUAGUUGGACUGGUUCACUUUUAGUGGUUCCAAUGGACGGGAGUCACUGGACUGGUGUGAAGGCUUUAGCAGAGGAGAUGGGCCGCAGGGGUCACAAAGUGACAGUGGUCAUUCCAGAGGUCAGUGUACUUCUUGGACCUGGUAAACACUAUGUGACUAGAACAUUUCCAGUUCUGUAUGGAAAGCAACAACUGGACGAACUUCAAGCUCGAAAUGCUCAGGUGAUGGAGAGUAAGCAGCUUCCCCUGAUGGAGAAGAUUAGCACCAGAUUUAGUAACAUGAGGAAAUUUGUGAAUCUCCAGCGGGCCACCGCUGAGAGUCUAUUAUUGAACCAAGAGCUUGUGGAUUUCUUGAGGAAGCAGAACUUUGAUGCUGUUCUCACCAGCCCGGCUGUGCCAACAGGAGCCAUUCUGGCCUAUAACCUGUCCUUACCUGCUGUGUAUAUGCUGCGAGGAUUACCCUGUGGACUCGACUCGGUGGCCACAGCCUGCCCAAACCCUCCCUCUUACAUACCUCGGUUCUUUACACACAGUUCGGACCGGAUGUCUUUUGGUCAACGUGUGCUGAAUGUUCUAGUGAGCAUGUUGGAGCCUUUACUCUGCAGACUGAUAUAUUGGACAACUGAGGAUGUGGCAUCCCGUUUCAUGCAGAGAGAUGUGAGUGUGACAGAGGUCCUGAGCAGUGGAGCUCUGUGGCUUCUGCGGUAUGAUUUCACUCUGGAGUUUCCGAAACCCUUAAUGCCCAACAUGGUUCUAAUUGGUGGGAUUAACUGUGCCAUAAGACACCCUCUGACUAAGGAGGUGGAGGAAUUUGUCAAUGGUUCUGGAGAGCAUGGCAUUGUGGUGUUCAGUCUGGGUUCUUUGGUGUCCUCCAUGCCAAAGGAAAAAGCUGACAUCUUCUUCAAGGCUUUCAGUAUGAUUCCACAGAGGGUGUUGUGGCGAUAUACGGGUGAGAUCCCUAAUAAUGUCCCUGAAAAUGUCAAACUGAUGAAAUGGCUUCCACAGAAUGACUUGCUUGGUCACCCCAAAGCAAGAGCCUUCAUUACUCAUGGGGGGACGCACGGCAUCUAUGAGGGCAUCUGUCAUGGUGUUCCCAUGGUCAUGCUUCCUCUCUUCGGUGACCAGGCUGAUAAUGUGCACCGAGUGGCAACUCGAGGGGUGGGAGUCAUCCUUAGCAUCCACGACAUCACUGUGGAAACACUGCUCGAUGCCCUCAACAGCGUUAUUAACAACAGCAGCUACAAGCAAAAAAUGCAGAAGCUGUCAGCAAUACACAAUGACCGUCCCAUUCAGCCCCUGGAUCUUGCAGUGUUUUGGACAGAGUUUGUAAUGAGACACAAAGGCGCAGAUCACCUGAGACCUGCUGCUCACGAGCUGAACUGGCUUCAGUACCACAGUCUGGAUGUGAUCGGCUUCAUGCUCCUGAUUGUCCUGAUUGUGACUCUGGCCAUGCUUAAAUGCUGUUCGCUCUGCUGGAGACGCUGCUGCAGAAAAACACAGAAGCGGAAGGAAGACUGAUCCAAUAGAGAUAAAAGUCUAGUAUCAUGUUUUUUCUAAGUCUAAUGUUUCGUUUCAGAUUUACAAGCCAAAGUCAUGAAAGCAACUUGACGCCU